UGUGACUUACCCACAUAAACAUAAUGCCAGAGUAGCAAAAAGAAACGUAUACACUGGCAACGUUGUAUCUUUGCAUUAUGUGCUGUAGCUGUGUGUUUGUCUGCUUGUGUAUGAGUUAAAUUUUUACUCGGUGAAUUGAGUGAAUAACUGGAUAACGGCAAAUGGCUGUCCUUGCCGUCAACCGUCAACCACAUUAAAAUUUCUAAUUGAGUAAAUAUAGAAACGUAGAUAACGCGUCGAUUAUGUGCUUAAGAGUGUUUGCAUUAACUAUACAUAUAAUAUAUAUCUUAAUUUUCACUGUAAUAUGUAGGUAUUACAACGUUAGAUACAUUACUUGACACUAUAAAAUAAUAAGUUCUAAUUCAACACUGCACCUAUGGAGGAGGAGGUUAAGUUUAUUUCGGCUGAGAGCGAAGAGCAUCAAGAGCAACCGUUACAGCCAAAUAAUGGAAUCCAAAUUAAAAGAAGAGAUACCUGGUAUUUAUGUUACACAGUAUUAACAACAAUGCUGGUUAUGUUUUCUGGUGCAACGACUCUGGCUUGGCCUUCUCCAGCAUUAGUGAUGCUAAAAUCUAACGACACCAGUGAAAAUCCACUAGGAAUGCCGAUCCAAACUAUAGAAGUAUCACUGUUAGUAGGAGUGCCGUUCUUUAUAGCAAUAUUUGGGUCACUUUUCUUACCCAAGUUAUCAGACUUAGUUGGACGAAAAGGAAAUCUUCAAAUUUUGGGCAUUGCAAUGUUCAUAAAUAUCCUUGGAGUAGCUUUUAGUACUAGAAUAGAGUUAAUAAUUAUUUUUCUUUCGAUAGGGACAGCAUGUUUUUCAGCUUUGUAUACUGUUAUUCCUGUGUACUUCACAGAGAUUUGUGAGGACCACAAUAGGGCCAAAUACGGUUGUGUAAUGUUAUUAUUUUUGCCCUUAGGAUCCCUCUAUACGUAUAUUCUUGGAACGACAUGUUCUUUUAAAUUAUUUACUAUUUUAACUGCAGUUCCAUUGAUACCUUUCGAAAUCCUCUGUCUGUUUGCACCAGAAAGUCCAACUUAUCUGCUCUCCAAAGGUAAUAGAGCUGACUGUAUUAGUACAGUAGAAAAACUAAGAAGCAAUAAAUCUCAAGAAGAACUCGCGGAGGAUUUUAACAAAAUUAUGCUAAACUUACAAGCUAUAAACAGAAACGUAAAACCAAGUUUUUUUGCUUUCUCAAAAACAAAGGAAGGAAGGGUUGGUUACCUUUUGUCCAUAGUACCAAUGGUGAUACGUUCUACGUCUGGAGUUCCUAUUGUAACUUCAUUAUUAGCUCCAAUUCUUAAUGAAGCUGGUACAAACAUAUCUGGUAAUACAGGUGCUAUUAUUGUUGGAAUAGUGUCAGCUCUUUGUUCUGUUUUUCCUUGCUUCGUAGUUGAGAAAUUUGGUAGAAAAGCCCUGUUGAUUCCAUCUACUUUAGGAGUAGGAUCUUGCACCUUAAUUCUGGGUUUAUUUUUCUAUCUAAAACAUUUACAAUCUCCACUUUGUGCUCAUCUCCAAUGGCUACCUAUCGUGUGUGUUUCACUAUUCAUGAUAUUUUAUUUCGUGGGACUUGGACCAAUACCUGUAACUAUACCAGGUGAGUUGUUUUUAUCGGAUAUAAGAUCAGUUGGAGUAGCUUUUGUUAUGGCAUCAUCGGCUAUUGGAUUAGCUCUUAUAGCUUUUACGUAUCCCCUUUUAGCUGAGGCUAUUGGAACAUAUUGGUGCUUUUGGAUAUUUAGUACCUGUUCUUUUACGGGCGUGUUAUUUAUAUACUUUGUCCUUCCAGAAACAAAAGGAAAAACUAUAAUUGAAAUUCAACAAAUACUAAAAGACUUCUAGUGUCGGUCGACUUAAAAUAUAGGGCUCUUCGUACUGAUAUUAGAAAACAGUAUUUUCGAACUGAUAUUAAGAAAGUACAGGAAUAUCUCCCUAUUAAAACUUUAAAAGGGUAAACCCUGUAGUUGGCUGUAUACCUUUGUUAAGACAACGUAGAAUGAAGUAAACACUUCUGUUGUAUAUAGGUAUAUUAUAAAUUUAUUAAAAAAUUUUUUUAUUUUUUUAAAAUUCAUCCACAAGGGAGUGGUUGUACAAAACGUUUUCGGUCAAACUGACCAUCCUCAGUGUAAACCUGGAAAUAAGUGAACCACUUAGAUAGAAAUGCAAAAGGGUGAAAUUUUGACAGUUAAAAAAAGAAAAUGUGGUUACUUACGUCCAGUGUACAAGUAAUUGAAACUAGCCACUUGAAUAGGUGUAAAACCUCAAAAUAACAUUAUUGCUACAUUAUGAGCUGUAUAGUAAUCGACAAUAAGUCGAUGUAUUAAGAUUAAAAAUGUAUCACAUGUGGAUGUAUGUCAUCCUUGCUCGGAAUUAGCACAAGGUUGUGAUCAGGUGAGAGGUUAACAACCAACUGAUUAGACAGAUUGGUGCCUGAAAAUUCAUGACAAGAUGUCAAAGAAGAUAGGUGGAUUUCUCAAAUGUCAACCGAAAAAUUUUUGACAAUGUGCAUUAAUAUUUAACUUAAUUAUUCAAUUGUGAAUAUGCAACUAUUAAAUUUGUUUGAUAUGAAUUCUAAAUUGUAAAUAAAGGUUCCCUAAUAGCACAAGGACGUCCAAUGGACGUCCAUUGGACGUCCUUCACGUACUUUAGGGACGUCCAUUGGACGUCCGUUUUCGUCCGAGGAACGUCCUUUAUACGUCCUAUUUUGGUCCAAAUGUCGCGCUACCGAACGUCCAUUGGACGUCCAUCUAAGGUCCGAGGGGACGUAUAUUGGACCUUAAUCGGACGUAAAUUGGACCUUAAUCGGACGUCCUAGGGGACGUAAAUUGGACCUUAAUCGGACGUAAAUUGUACCUUAACCGGACGUAAAUUGGACCUUAAUCGGACGUAAAUUGGACCUCAAUCGGACGUAAAUUGGACCUUAAUCGGACGUAAAUUGGACCUUAAUCGGACGUAAAUUGGACCUUAAUCGGACGUAAAUUGGACUUUAAUCGGACGUAAAUUAGACCUUAAUCGGACGUAAAUUGGACCUUAAUCGGACGUAAAUUGGACCUUAAUCGGACGUAACUUGGACCUUAAUCGGACGUAAAUUGGACCUUAAUCGGACGUAAGUUGGACCUUAAUCGGACGUAAAUUGGACCUUAAUCGGACGUAAAUGGGACCUUAAUUGGACGUAAAUUGGACCUUAAUCGGACGUAAAUUGGACCUUAAUCGGACGUAAAUUGGACCUUAAUCGGACGUAAAUUGGACUUUAAUCGGACGUAAAUUGGACCUUAAUCGGACGUAAAUGGGACCUUAAUUGGACGUAAAUUGGACCUUAAUCGGACGUAAAUCGGACCUUAAUCGGACGUCCUAGGGGACGUGAAUUGGACCUUAACAGGACGUCCAAUUUUGGUCCAAAUUCCACUUUGCCAAACGUCCAAUGGAGGUCCACCUAACGUCCAAGGGGACGUUCGGUGGACGUCAAUUGGGCCUUCAUAGGGCGUCCCAGUUUGGUCCAAUGUCUUGCUGCCGAACAUCCAUCUAACGUCCUGGGAGGACGUUCGGUGGACGUCUAUAGUUGAUAUUUAGACCUGUGAAGAAUGUAUUGUGGGAAAUAAAAAAUAUAUUUUUUAAGAAACUUAUAUUACAUCUUAUAUUAAAUUACAAUUAUUGGAUAUUACAUUAUUUACAUUAAAUUACAAUACACUUCUCCAAGAAAUUAACGCACCACCUUAAAUAUGGGGUAUUUUUGAUGUCUCGUAUUUCCUAAACCUGUUGUCCCAUCUAAGUGAUUUUUUUAUAAUAUUAUAGCCUAGGCUAUAGGUUACCUCCUUAAGCUUGUCAUGCACAGGGAGCUAUGCUGUAAUAUAUGUAUAUUAUAUCAUAUCGCUCUCUAUAGUAAUGAGUGAGCCUGCAGACAGGAAACAAAUGGUUCCGUAUGUGCAGGCUCACUCAUUACUAUAGAGAGCGAUGUGAUAUAAUAUAUACAGAGAGGUCCUAAAUUAUGGAAUAAAUUAAUUUUCUCUAAAAUGGACGACUAUAGAGAAAAAUCCGGAAACAGGUCGAUUUUUGUGUUUAAAUUACAACUUUUUGACAUAUAUUUCAUACUAGUGAUGUCACCCAUCUGAGCGUGAUGACGUAAUCAAUGAUUUUUUUAAAUGGGAAUAGGGGUUGUGUGGCACCUCAGUUGAAAGGGUUUUCAAUUCUCUAUUCAGUAAUUUUGAAUGUGUACGUUCCAAUUAAACUAUUACUGAGGUACCAUUAGUUAAACAGAAUGUUUUUAAAACUUUUUUGCCUCUUUGUAUUUUUUUCGAUAAGGCACGUUUUAUCGAGAUCUGGCUUCUUUUUUAAUAUGGUUCAAAAUAUACCUAAAAAUGUAAAGCAUAAAUAAGUUUGCAUAAUAUUACCAAGUCUCCAUAAUGGUACUUAACCAUAUACAAAUAUGUGGUGGAUUUGACAAAUAUUCAAAAUAUUUCGAUAAAAAUUAACUUUUCGAAAAAGCAAUAACAGGCAAAAAAGUUUUUAAAACGUUGUGUUUAAAUGGUACUACAAUAAUAAUUAAUAAUAAUAAUAAUAAUAAUAAAACCAUAUCUCCAAACCGACCAUCUCCCAUAUUAUCAAUACGUCCCUGAGAGUAUGCUUGAGGAUGGCAACUACAAGCUAUACUGGGACCCCACUGUGCUCACAGACCAAACAGUGGCGCAUAAUAGACCAGAUCUCGUAUUAGUCAAUAAAUUAACGAGACAAACAACCCUCAUUGAUGUGGCACACGGAACUAAUGGUUCCGUGUGUGCAGGCUCACUCAUUACUAUAGAGAGCGAUGUGAUAUAAUAUAUAUUACAGUAUAUAGCUCCCCGUGCAUGACAAGCUUAAGAGGAAACAGUAGCGAGCAACAGGUAGCGAAAACGCGUUCCAAGAUUGCGGCUGUAAUUUUGAAUAUUUUUUUGAGAUAUUUGGCACACGCAUUCGUAAUAUAAUAAAGAAUGGCGGUACAGAGCCCAAUUUGAAAAAUAUAAUAAUAUGUGAAAAUUACUCUGUAAUUAAAUACAAUAUUAAAAAAACGAGCCUGUACCGCCAUUAAGAAGAACAAAAAAAUACACUUUCUUCAAAUAAACUUUUUUAUCCAAUGCCUAGAUGUUGUGUCAUUUUGGAACUACUAAUGAAAUAAAAAAUUUUAGUAGUUCCAAAAUGACACAAAAUCUAGGCAUCGCAUAAAAAAGUUUAUUUGAAGAAAGUGUAUUUUUUGUUCUUCUUAAUGGCGGUACAGGCUUGUUUUUUUAAUAUUGUAUUUAAUUACAGAGUAAUUUCCACAUAUUAAUAUAUUUUUCAAAUUGGGCUCUGUACCGCCAUUCUUUAUUAUAUUACGAAUACGUGUGCCAAAUAUCUCGAAAAAAUAUUCAAAAUUACAGCCGCAAUCUUGGAACGCGUUUUUGCUACCUGUUGAUCGCUACUGUAUCACCUUAAGGAGGAUAUUAUAAAAAAAAUCACCUAGAUGGGACAACUGGUUUAGGAAAUUCGAGACAUCAAAAAUGCUCAAUUUUUAAGGUGGUGCGUAAUGGGCUGUAUAUUAUACAUAUAUUUCAAAUCGACACCUUGCUCAUUUGGAGAUAAUGGACAAUUUCUUAAAAAGAAAAUAUUCUAUCUAUGUAUACUUAUUAUAUAGUGUAAUAUUAUAUUAUAAUAAUCAUUCAA